AUGUCCGAUUAAUUCGAAUAGUCGCAAGAAGGCAUUGUUCAAAAUGAAGUGCCUGAAUAUAGAGAUCAAGAGCUUUUUGAUUAGGUGGCCUCGAAGUAAAAUAACGAGAAAAAACUAAAUUUUUAAAUAGAAGAAGAAGAAGAAUAAGAUUAAAAUCAGCCGGUUGGGGCUAUUUAAGAAGUCACCAAGCCUGAAGAGAUUAAAAAGAACGUAUCUUAGAUUAGCAACCCAUUAUAGCCUAUAAUGAUAAAUAAAGCAGAAACUAAGAGAAUAGUACAUCAGGCUGCUUUGGAAAGAAAGACAGAAGCAUUUGAAUAAACUAAGAGUUUUGAACUUCAUAGAUCUUAAUAAAUUUUCUAACAUAGAUAAUUGGUAGAUUCGGUUUGGGCAAGAUUACAAAAGGUAGUGGCUUCAUCUGAUGAGUCUAUGAAAUUUUUAGUCUCGUUUAUGAAAUAAAGGAUUGAAUAGGAAGAAUCACAAUUAAAAUACUCUUAAACAGCUUAGUUAAGUAAGUUGUUUAAGGAUUUUGAUGGAAAGAUUAUGUAAUGUAAUUAUCCUGAGUUUUCGAAAGCAGUAAGAACAAUUGAUUCCUCUAUGGAAAGAUAGACAGAUCAGAUUAAGAUUUUUAUUGUGUGGAUGCAAAAUCAGACUCGAGAGAGAUUGGAAUAAGAAAUGAACAAUUUUACAAAUUAAAAUAGAGACUUAAUAAAUUCAUAUAAUCGUUUCAAAAAGACAUUAGCAGAUUUGGAUAAAGAAACUAUGAAAUAUUUUAACAAAUAUGAUAAAAUGUAUUAGAAUAUGACAAUUAAAGGUAAAAAGCCAUAAAAAGACUUUUUGAGAGCCGAAUUAAAAUAUAAAUAGGCUGCUUCAAGAGUUGUAAUUUAUUAAAGAGAAUUUGGAGCCUGGUUGUUAAAUAGUUGGAAUGAAAUAAAAUUAUUAGAAGCUUAAAGAUUGGAUUUAGUCACUCAUACUUUAAUAGAGUUCUAAAAUCAAAUUAUGAAUGUGUAUGGCAAGAUUCCUCAACAUGAUUCAAUUAUUGUGGCAUUGAAUGGAGUAAAGGUCUAAUAGGAAGUUCAGACAUUAUAUUCACCUGAUUUUGUACUAACAAAAUAGGAACUAGAAUUCAUUCAGACAGAGCAACAAUAAGAAUUAGUUAAAUAUUUCCAAAGCUUUCAAGUUAUUGAUAAAUAUGCUGAAUUAUCUCAUCCAUUAAUUCUAAAAUAAUUUUCAGCUUAAAGAGAUGUUGGUACUAUAGGCAAGACUUGGAUCGAAACUGGCAUUAUUAUUACAGUUGAUCAUUACUUUUUAACAUUCGAAGGUAAGCCAACUAGAUUUUCAAGACCGGAAAACAAAUACCCACUUGAUGGAAUGAAAAUGACCGCUAGGAAUGCUGUAGAAUUAGAGAUUUAAUUUGUUAUUCCUGGUUUAGUGAUGGAUUCAAAGAAGAAAUUACUUAUUCAAUUUAAGAAAUCAGAUGAAUUGGAGGAAAUGAUGUAUUUUCUAGAAACUGUUGGGCAAAAUAAAUUUGCUUUAAAUUGA